GAAACCUUCCUGCACGCCGCCACCAUCGUCACUCCUCCUCCUCCUCCUCCUCCUCCUCUUCUUCUCCUUCUUCUUCUUCAGCCUGAAAAAAAACAAAAACACCAGCGGUGACAUUUUGCACUUUGCACGCCUGGACACUCGCCUUCUCUCCCGACCGCGUGGACCGAGCAUCCCCCCGACCGCUGGAGCAGCACACAGCCGCACGGAGAGGCGCUGCGGGCGGAAGCGAGCAGCUUGAGGAAGCCGCCGCUCUCUGGACUUAACACUGGAACAUAUUUACGUUUAGAGCACCGAGGCUGAGCUUGCUGGACUAUAGCCGGGCAGAGCAUCAUCAUCUCCGGGGAAGAACCGCCUGGCGAGUCGCAUGGAGAAGAGGUAUGAAGAGCUGGUGCACUACUCAGGGUCGGAGGGCAUGUCGCUGGGGGUGUACGGAGAGGACGUCAGGCCACUCCCGCCCCCGCAGUACGGAGCCGCCAUCCCCGACUCCCUUAAACACCACAAGGACCAGAUCUAUGGUCACCCACUGUUCCCACUAUUGGCCUUAGUUUUUGAGAAGUGUGAGCUCGCCACCUGCUCCCCUCGAGACUCCUCCUCCUCUCUGUCAGCCUCCUCCCACCUCCAAGGCAUGACCAACCACAGCGACGUGUGCUCCUCCGAAUCAUUCAACGAUGACAUCGCCGCAUUCGCGAAACAGAUUCGUUCGGAGAAACCCAUAUUUUCCUCCAACCCUGAGCUGGACAACUUGAUGAUCCAGGCUAUUCAGGUUCUUCGCUUUCAUUUACUGGAGUUGGAAAAGGUUCACGACCUCUGUGAUAACUUCUGCCACCGUUACAUAACCUGUCUGAAGGGCAAGAUGCCCACAGACCUGGUCCUGGAUGAAAGGGAGGGAGGCUCCAAGUCUGACAUGGAGGACUUUAAUGGAUCCUGCACCAGCUUGUCCGAACAGAAUGCUUCAUGGUUACGAGAGCCGGAUGAAUGUGCUACCACUCCUUUGGGAACACCUGGCACCUGUGGGCUGCCUUCACUCCACACAGCAGACAACUGUAGCGAUACAGGAGACGGUCUGGAUGCAGGAGUGGCCUCCCCAAGCACUGGAGAUGACGAUGAGUCUGACAGGGAGAGGAGGAACAACAAGAAGAGAGGAAUAUUCCCUAAAGUAGCUACAAACAUAAUGCGGGCGUGGCUCUUUCAGCAUUUGUCGCACCCGUACCCCUCGGAGGAGCAGAAAAAGCAGCUGUCGCAGGACACGGGUCUGACCAUCUUACAAGUCAACAACUGGUUCAUCAACGCGAGGAGGAGAAUCGUUCAGCCCAUGAUCGACCAGUCCAAUCGCUCAGGUCAGGGUGGUCCCUACAGCCCGGAGGGAGCAGCGCUGGGGGGCUACGGGCUCGACGGACAAGCCCACCUGGGGCUUCGAACUGCAGGUCUACAGGGGAUGCCAUCUCUACAGGGAGACUACCCCGGCGCUCUGCUGUCCCAAGCGGCCUACCCUCCCCACCCUGGACCUUCUCUCCACCCCUACCCGGGGCCGCACCCGCACGCCGCCAUGCUCCUCCACCCGCCGCCCCACGCGCACCCCGCAGAGCCCCUCCUCGCACAAGGACUGGACAUACAUGCGCACUAGCCGCGAGGGGCCCGGGGGACUGGGGUUUGGGGGGUUGUGUGACUGCGGUGCAUGGCCCAAGUGUGAUGACAUAAUAUUUAAAGAAAAAACAGGACAAAUUGCUCCAAAGUUUACAUUCCCUGUACCCUAAAGACAACGACCUCAAUGUAGCACACACACACACAUUCACACACACACACAUUCACACACACACACACACACACUCUGGUUUAAGCCAUAGCUCUCUCAGAGUAGAAGUGCUUCCUCCACUGUGUCCCAUGGACAAGACCAAUGCUUUAAACGUCAUCGUCGGACCACAGGAAAGAGACACAAACUAAUCCUGUGACCAUGCCUUCUUCUUCUUCUUCUUCUUCUUCUUCUUCUUCUUCCAGCUCUGUCUUCCUGCACACCCGCCCCCCCCCCUCUCCUCACACACUUUAUUUAAGGCUGAUUCUAUUUUUGUAUUUAUGUGCGCCACUCCUGGCGGAUGCAGCUCGUUUGAAAUGUUAGCGCUCUUCCUUAGCAUGAAGCUAAACACCAUGAAUGACUUCCAGUCUGCCUCGCUCUCACAUCACUAACCUCCUUAAUACGCCAGCCGGUGUCCGUCUCACACACACACACACACACACACACACGCUCAUAGAGUAGGGAAGGGAUUCAUUUGGCCCCAUUCCUGGGUAGAGGUCUGCUGAAAAUGAUGGAAAGCGCCACUCUACAAGCAACUGACGUUGGAAUCGCCACAAAACAUAUUUUAAGAUAUUCAACACUCCACUGCCAUCUGGCGGCUAAAGUGGAUACGGCACCACCCUAAUUCGUCACGUUUCAUGUGUCAGGUAAAACCGUGACGAACGGGGCCCUAUGAAUCCCCUUCCCGCUGUAGACAGACACAAGACAGGCUCUUCAAGCAUUUGAGUACAUUGUGUGUGUCACAGCAGUGCGAGAGGGAGCUGCAGCCAAAGGAAUCUUGAAACUUUCUGCUCCCGCUCUUCUCUGCUUGGACUGAAUGAUCUGCUUAUUGAAUUAAAAUGUUUUUUUUUUUUUAUUACGUGUUGCAUGUGCUUUGAUAUAUGUAGACAUAGCUCAUCUGUGUGGAGACCAACACCAGCAGACGCUUGGGAUACUGACAAUUUUGGUAUCAAUCUGAUACAGAGUAAACCAAUACUGAUACUUUUGACAUGACAUUUUUUGAAGAUCAUUGAAUUUUUGGGGGAUUUUGUCUUUAACCCCUUUAGGGGACUUUUUUUGUCCAUUCAGUAUUUUGCCCAUAAUUUUUGUUGAGUUACUAAAUUAUACAUGAUGUUAAAUUAUUCUUUGACAAUUAUUUCUUUCACUGGCAGUUAUCCGACAAUAUCUCAAGCCAUGUAAUUCAUAAAUUUUUCAAAAGGCAUAAAACUGUUAUGGAUUAAUAUUUCUUUUACCGUAUUUUCUAGACUGUAAGCCGCUACUUUUUUCCUAAGCUUUGUACCCUGCGGCUUAUACACAGGUGCUGCUAGUCUAUGGAUUUUUCUUUGCUAUCGGCUAAAUUAUGGAAUGGAUUAAGCCAGGGGUCCUCAAACUUUUUGACUCGGGGGCCGCAUUGAGUUAAAAAAAAUUGGCUUGGGGCUGGGCUGUGUGCGUGUAUAUUAGGGCUGUGUCACGCCAAAUUUCUUCCCCCUACAAAAACAUUCCCCCCCAUUUACUUCCGUGGUCAUGUUUCCUCUUACGUCAUUGACAGCGAUCGAUAGCACUUCGACUUUGACUGCCCGUCGCUGGAAGGAUACUUCGUCUUUGACAGCUGCUGGAAUCUGAAGAAAUCGAUUAUUGUUUUUUUUUUGUACAGGCGCGA